CUCUUUUCUUCUAUUCUAAGGGUCAGCGGUCAGCUGUAAAAGCCCAGCAAUAAGUCGAGAAGCCGGCGCCAGUUGUACUAUAUCGCCUUGUUCUUGUUCAAUACUCGACGCGCAUUCAUUCAUUUCCUCUCUUGUUCCUUCCUUCCUUCCAUUUCCGGGUUCUUCUUGUUGGUAAUCCACUGAAGAAGAAGAAGAAGAAACGCGAGCAGUUAUGGCGUCUCAGGAGCACCUCGAGAAGAUGCAACUCCGCCAGAAUUACCGGAAUCUCUGGCACACCGAUCUCAUGAGAACCAUUCAGGUCGACACUCCAUAUUGCUGCUUCGCGUUGUGGUGUGCUCCAUGUGCAUCAUACUUGCUUCGCAAGCGAGCUCUUUACAAUGAUAUGUCAAGAUACACAUGUUGUGCUGGUUACAUGCCCUGCAGCGGCAGGUGUGGAGAAAGUAAAUGUCCUGAAUUUUGCCUUUGCACUGAGGUUUUCCUCUGCUUUGGAAAUUCAGUGGCCUCAACUCGCUUUAUGUUGCAAGAUGAAUUCAACAUCCAAACUACGCAAUGUGAUAAUUGCAUUAUUGGUUUCAUGUUUUGCCUUCAACAAAUUGCUUGCAUAUUCUCAAUUGUUGCCUUAAUUGUGGGAAGUGAUGAAAUUCAACAGGCUUCUCAGUUGCUAUCUUGUUUGGCUGACUUUGUGUACUGCACGGUCUGCGCAUGCAUGCAGACUCAGCACAAGGUCGAAAUGGACAAGCGUGAUGGGAUGUUUGGACCCCAACCUGCAAUGGCAGUUCCCCCUGCUCAGCAGAUGUCACGCAUAGAUCAGCCGGUUCCUCCUUCAGUUGGGUAUGCGCCACAGCCAGCACCAUAUGGACAGCCCGCACCACAGCCAGCACCAUACGGGCAGCCCUACGGUUAUCCACCCGCCCCACCACCUGCUCAGGGCUAUCCUGCUACUGGUUACCCCCCUGCUGCCUAUCCUCCACCAGGAUAUCCUCCUUCUGGCUACUCUAGGUGAUUCAUUUAGCAUAUGCUCUGUGUUGGUCUACUGCGCCAAUUGAUUGCUUCAGUAAUAUGUUUCCUUCAACUUCGUACAAUUGCAGCUAUGUCAAACAGUCAUGCGUGGGUGGUGAAAUGUCGUAGAUAGAAUGAUUUACUUAAUUUGCAUUAGCCUCCCAAGUUUUUGAUUUCUGACAUGAGAUUAUAAUUCUUAUCGUGUUGUCCAUUCUGAUACUUCUGACUUUUAUUUGUAUAUUGGUCUAUGGUGUUUAUAUGUAGUUUUUCCUUUCCGUUUC